AUGCAAUAAAAACUUUCUAGAGCAUAGCUUGUUUCUCAUUAUCGUUAGAAGCCUCUUGAAUAAAUGGCUGAAAGCUUUAAAGCAUUAUGUUAAUAAUACCCAUAAGCUUUUAAAGCUUUAAGCUAAAAUCCAUAUUAGGCUCGUCCUAUACGUGGGUUCAAUUAAGGUUUGUUUAGUUAAUCAAUUUAGAAAUUCUUGUUUAUUCAAGUAAUUGUGCUACUCCUCUUAAAACAGCAGGUGUAUAUUAAAGUGGUGGAGGUGAUUUAUUUAGAUUUGAUGAAUAAUAAAUUCUCACUCCUUAACCAAAACAAUCAAAUACAUUUGAUUGGAGUUAACAAUAAUUAUAAAGCAUUAAGAAAGAAAUAGUAUUUAGUAAGAGUAUUCCUGGAUAAGCUAAUCACUUACUUUCAAAAAUAUGGUAUUAUGUAGAUGAUUACUUAAAAGUUUAGGGUAUUCUUAAUUAUUUAUUUUAGGACCUUUUAGUUCAAUUUAAAUGGAUAAUUGGUAUCUAAAAGGAUAUUUUGAUGAUAUUUUAAGAAUAGGAUUUAAACCUGAAGAUUCAGAAUGUUUUAUUAGAAUUUAUUAAUUGAAAACUUAAAAAUAAUCCAAAAAAGUUCUGAAACUCCUAAGAAGAGAAUCUUGUCCUCCUAUUUUAACUGCUUCAUAAGAUACUUCUAUUUAAGUAAAAUAGACAGUCUAAUAAUAAUAAUAAUAACAAUAACAAUAACAAUAAUAAUAAUAAUUAUAAAAACAAGAUUUACAAUAACAAAUUUAAAUACAAAAUUAAGAUAAUGCUCCUACUAUAAGAGUACCUACUUUGAGAAAAAAAAAAUGA